ACCUCGUCCUCCGUCUCAGGGGAGGCAUGCAGAUCUUCGUGAAGAUCCUGUCCGGCAAGACCAUCACCCUGGAAGUGGAGCCCAGCAACACCAUUGAGAACGCGAAGGCCAAGAUCCAGGACAAGGAAGGCAUCCCACCUGACCAGCAGAGGCUGAUCUUCGCUGGCAAGCCGCUGGAAGAUGGCCACACUCUGUCUGACUACAACAUCCAGAAGGAGUCCACCCUGCACCUCGUCC